UUGAUAGCUCUCCCCCCACUUCCGGAUGACACGUGCUCCCCCCUAUCUAUCAGCAGAUGUAGCAGAGUCCAGUGUGUUGUUUGGUGACACAUUCAGCUCUGCUACAUCAGAGGAGGUAUACGGGGGUGUAGACUCCCGGAGGCCGUUAUGUAUACGCCCCUCCCCCCCCCCUCCCUAUUCAUGGAGGUGACACCUGUAUUGUCACCGGUACAAGCGGUCAGACCUGUCAGUCCAGGGUGUGGAGUCAGCUGGGGGGUGCGCAUGCGCGGCCCCGGACUCUGCACUCGCUGACGGAUCACCUGUGCUCUGUGCUGCUCCCGAACAUGGUCAACUGCAGGUUCCUGUCCGCAAAUACAUUGAAGGCGGUGGGCCUGAUAUGUGCUUCACUAUGUGCCUGGUAUAUGGGAUAUCUGUUCGCUGAGAUAUUACCGGAAGACUCCUUACAGACGGCCAUUGGGAGCAUGCAGAAAUUGGGCAUCAAACCAGUUAUCAGAGCUCCACCUCCCAAGCCACAGAAGUGUGCAUCAUGGAGAACCUGUUCUUCCUCUGAGGUUGUGUAUCGGGUACGGAGUGGUGGCGGAAAUGGUAUCCAACCUGACAUCUGUCUGGAGGAUGAAAUAUUAUUAGGUGGAACUAAGAAAAACGGGAGAAGAGGAAUGAACAUCGGUGUAGUCAAUCGUGAGACCAUGAAGGUCACGGACACCCAGUCCUUUGACAUGUACGAGGGAGAGCACUCAAAGCCAAUGGUCGAGUUUAUCAAUAAGAUCCCCAGCGGCUCCAUCAUCCUUAUUGCCAGUUUUGACGACGCGGUUACUAAGUUAAGCGAGGAGGCCAAGAAGGUUUUUGAGGGGCUCGGCAGUAAAGAAAUUAGAAAUCUAAAAUUCCGCUCACAGUGGGUGUUCCUGGCGGUUAAAGGUGGCACAGUCCCUGAAAAUAUCGAAAGAGAAAAGAUCAUCCACUCCGAUGGCAAUAACCGAUAUAGUGGCUGGCCGGCAGAAAUCCAGAUUGACGGAUGCUUUCCGAAAACAAGUUAAAGAACCAUCGGGAAUGUUUUUUUUUAGAGAAAAAAAUCUAGAACCUUUAAGAGAAAGACAGAGACUUUUUAAGACUUUAGCUUUCUGGUUCGCAAAUAUUCCUGGAAAGAAUGACCUAGAAAAGACAGAGAGAAUAUUAUUUUUUUUUUUUAUGAAAAAACAAAAAGAAAUCAACUUUUUGAACACAGCUAUUUUUAUAAUAUAAAGAACAAUUUGGAGAAUAGAUAAAUAUGUUAUCUUGGCAUCAGGUGAUCAGUUGUAGAUAUCAGGUCUGAAGUGUUGCUACAUGUGCCAGUGACCGAGAGGGCUAAAAAUGCUUCUCAAAAGUUAUACGUGAUUAUUAUUAUUUUGUAUUAUUAUUAUUUUAUCCCUUUGUUGGCAUCACAUUAACAUGUAAAAAAAAUUAAAAGUAGCAUAUUUUUUUAUUUUUUAUUAUUAAAUCACUUCCAGUUAUACAUACAUUCCUCCUAUGGAACACACAUCAUAAAUCAUCCCCCAAAAAAGUCAUCAUUUAGCCACUAUACCCAGAAUCCUUUGUACUUGAAUACUGUAUAUUUAUUAUUUGACUAACAUAAGUAUUUUUCUGUGUAGGUUUGUGUUUUACAGGAGUGUCUUUCAUUAAAUUUUAGUUUCAUUUGUUGGAUAUAAUUGUGUAUAUAUAUAUAUAUAUUUUUUUUUUUAUGCCUCGGGGCGGAUAUUUUGGAGGUCCAAAAUGUACAGACAGUAAAGCAGGGUGUGUGUGACUAAUGGCAGAUUCAUUGAACGAGAAUUAAUGGAGAGUUAAGUGUGUAUAUAGUGUAUACUGUUACUGUUCUGCCUUAUCAAAGUUUACCGGAUAAAUGUUUCAUUCUUUAGUGAUAAUGAAAUAACUCUGCUGGUUUUGUCCCAGUCUACACAGCAAAGUUGAAUAUAGGAAAUGUCGGCCCUGUAUGUUGUGUAGUGUCCAGUGCUUAUACUGCAAUAAUUUAGGAUAGUCCCAUAGAAUAUUAUAUAAUAAAGAC